GCCCCUUCGCCAUGUGGCUGCUGCGCGCCCCAGCCCGGCUGCGCCGCCAGCUCGCUGCCUCCUGUGGGCUGCGGGGGGGCCCUUCCCUGGCGCGGGAGCAGGUGAAAUCAGAAGGGAAGCCUCAAAAACAGAUCUGCCAAGUUGUUCUGGAUCACUUUGAGAAGCAAUACACGAAGGAGCUGGGAGAGGCAUGGAGCACAGUCAGGGAGGUGCUCACAUCACCAUUGUGCUGGCAAUAUGCUGUUCUGCUUAAUAAAUUCAGCUAUUCCUCUGAACUGGAGAACAACUUACAUUUGAAGGGGUAUCUUAGUCUCUUUCAGGAAACCUUACCCUAUCUCCCAGGAUCAUUAAAAUGUUACAUUAGUAGAACUCCUGGGAGAUUCCCUGCACAAAAACACCAGAUCGGUAAACUCAAGGAGUAUUAUCUGCUGAAUGCUGCUUCACUUCUGUCAGUGCUGGCACUGGAAAUAAAGGAUGGGGAAAGGGUUUUGGAUAUGUGUGCUGCUCCAGGCGGUAAAUCAAUAGCUAUGCUGCAGUGUGCUUGGCCAGGUCAUCUUCACUGUAAUGAGUAUGAUAGUCUGAGAUCAAAGUGGUUGAAACAGACACUAGAAUCCUUCAUCCCAGAGCCCCUGAUGAAUUUAAUUACUCUCUCUGAACUGGAUGGGAGACAGAUUGGAGACCUCCAUCCUGAAUUGUAUGACAAGGUACUGCUGGAUGCUCCGUGUUCAAAUGACAGAAGUUGGUUAUUCUCUUCUGAUAUUCAGCAGGCUACACUUAGACUCAUCCAAAGGAAGGAGUUAUCUUCUCUACAGGUACAGCUACUAAGGUCUGCCAUUAAAGCCUUGUGUCCUGGAGGAUCUGUGAUCUAUUCUACGUGCACUCUCUCGAAGGCAGAAAACAGUGAUGUAAUCAGUCACAUCCUAAGCUCCUGCAGUAACAUUCUGCCUGUAGAUAUAAGUGAACUGGCCAGUGUCGUUUCCGAUGAGUUCUCUCUGGUUGCUGGUGUCCAGCCGCAUGAACUUUUAGUACUUCCAGCGAAAGGGAAAGCAUGGGGUCCUAUGUAUGUAGCUAAAUUAAAGAAAACGUAGUCUGGGUGGCAUUAUUAGGCUUUUGUAAUUCAUAUUGACAGAUGUUUAUUUAUUUUAAUACGCUGUAUGCAUAUGCAAUCUGUGCCAAAUAUUUGUCCAAGUAGCCUGGAUUUAGAGUUGUGAACUGAUAUAUCAGAUGCUGUGAAAUGAUCAUUACGUUUGAGAUUGAAUUUGUAAAUAGACAAUAUCUAGUAUGGCCUAAGCCUGCAGUUGGAUCAGUUGGCACAAACCUCUGGCAUCUGGACCCAUGUGGAGUCCAUUAAUGUAUGAGUCUGCAGAGGCAAUGUAUUCCAGAUUCCAUAGUAUCUUGAAGAGCCCAAAAGCACUUAAUCUUCUAUACAGCAACCUUCUAUACUGCUUUUGGGGUGAAGGGCAGCAACCAACUCGCACAGAGCUUGCUGUACAGUGAGGAAGAGAGGCUCUUCAGUGUCUGCCUGAGGUGGACAGGACCUCGCCAUGGUCUCAUCUGACUGACCCCACAAAAUAAACCUGCACAGAACUUAACUACUCUUUCACAAGAGGAUGCAGAGUUGCAUCACCUCUGCUGGGUUUGAAGUGGUCCCAAGGAGUCAGUAUGUCAAACUUGAUACUCUCACAUUCCUUCUGAUGGCAUAAAAAGAAACACAAGUUGCUUUGUUAAAAAAAAUAAUCCUAAAAUACUUUCAUAAUGAAAAUUUGUUGACAGGAAGACAGAUAUGCAAUGUAAUGAUUUAGUCUACAGAGACAUUUUGUACAUCAGGGCAGCAGUCAAUACACACAUUUUAUAUUGUUUUCUAUAAAGCAAAUGUCAAUCUUU